GGUAACCAGAACAACAAGGUAACGGGGCAACCAGGGCAACAAGGCAACAAGGCAACAGGGCAACAAGGGCAACAAGGCAACAGGGCAACAAGGCAACAUGGUAACAGGGCAACCAGGGUAACAAGGCAAUAAGGUAGCCUGCGUAGCAGCCGUCGAAAGGGGUAGGGGAUAGGGAAUAGGGAGGAAGGGAAAAUGGAGAGGGUGCCACACAGGCUAGCAACAGGGAAACAAGGGCAACAGGGCAACAAGGGCAACAAGGGCAACAGGGUAACAGGGCAACAAGGCAACCAGGGCAACAGGGC